AUGUAAAAACUGUUUUGGUACUAAGGUAUAUUUUGUCCAUGCCAGCAAACACUCAAGAUGAUGUAAUCACUUUAUUGAAGACCAUUAGAGAACAGAACAAUCAAAUUUUGCAGUGGAUCCGAAAACAAGAUCGCAGUGGCAAUCACGCCAGUAAUACAGAUUUACCAGAUGAUAUAGGCGUACAGUUUCCUUUGAAUUCUCAAGAGGAUAUUACCAAAUUGGAAACAUACCUGAGUGAAAAAAAUAAUUGCCUGGCUUUGUCGGCAUAUCUAUCGACUUUUGGAGGGAGAGAUUUUACUGGACAUACAAACCGCAUUUUAAAUUUUUUGUUCACUUAUUCUCUUGCAACUAAUUGGAAUUUUGGUGGCAAACGAGGUGAGAAAACGGCUUUUAAAAACUUAAACGUAAAGGAUGUGAUUAUUGGUGCUGUAAGAAAAAGCUCCCCUCUAGUCAGUCAGAAAGAAAUAGAAGAUACCAUCAAGAUGUGGUUGAAACAUGCACCAGAGAAAUUGAAAAAGCAGCAGCAUGGCAACCCGUAAGAAAAAAAGUGUUGUUAGUCAAAGACAACUCUACAGAAGGGUGGCAGAAGCAAAUUUAGCACCUGUGAGUCAGAA